AUGUCGCAGCCUGACGUCAAUGGCGGUCGACGACAGGCUCAGCAACACAAACCGCCGCUUAAUAGUUCGAGGCUUUCGUUCCGCAUGAAGAAAUUACUUAAAGCGACACCCGCAGAUAUUAUUUACGGCAACACUCUUCGACUACCUGGUCAGCAAUUUUUCGAAGAUCACACGCACAACGUCACCGAAGGUGAAUUUGUCGGAAAUUUACGCAUACGCAUGCAGGCACUGAGACCGUCACCAACAACAAAUAACUCAGCUCAUGCACCAUUCAUGGAAAAGAAUCUGCACACAGCACCAUCAGUUUUCGUGCGCAAUGACGCAAUUCGCCAGCCGCUUCAGCCACCGUACGAGGGACCAUUUUUAGUAGUCGAACGCAGCGACAAGUUUUUCAAAGUCAAAAUCAGGGGAAAGGACGUGAACAUCUCCAUCGACCGGUUAAAAUCAGCGUUCGUUGCUGAGGAUAGCCAAAAUCCGUCGAAUCAAACAACUCAGCCAAAAGAGUAA